ACCUUUCCUUUGGUGAGCGAGGUGUGUUCACGUGAGGUUGUGUGUUCCCUCGAUUAUAGGUCACACAAUCCUCAUAAUUUCGUGAAAUAGUGUUGUAAAAUAUAAAAAAAAAAUCAUAAAAUACAUAAAAUAACAAAAAAAUAGAAAAAUACAAAAAAGAAACGGGAUUCACUCGAUUUUAAGUUAGUGUACGUAAGCGUGCAACGUGGUCUUAAGGAAUGCGAUAGUCAUUAUAAAGAGAAAGUGAAGUUUUUCUGUGCUAUCGACAAAUUUUAAUGUUCUACCUAAAACAGCAAAUUUGAAGGAAGCAUAAUGAAUCCUGGUCCACCUAGUUAUCCUAUGGCCUCUCUGUAUGUCGGAGAUUUGCAUUCCGAUAUUACAGAGGCCAUGUUGUUUGAAAAAUUUUCAACCGCGGGCCCUGUACUCUCAAUUCGGGUUUGUCGUGAUAUGAUAACUCGUAGAUCCCUAGGCUACGCUUAUGUAAACUUUCAGCAACCUGCAGAUGCUGAAAGAGCUUUGGACACUAUGAAUUUUGACAUGAUUAAAGGAAGACCUAUUAGAAUCAUGUGGUCCCAACGUGAUCCUUCUCUACGUAAAUCUGGAGUAGGAAAUGUAUUCAUUAAAAAUCUUGACAAAACCAUUGACAACAAGGCUAUGUAUGAUACCUUUACUGCUUUUGGAAACAUUUUGAGUUGUAAAGUUGCUCAAGAUGAGACUGGUGCCUCUAAAGGUUACGGAUUUGUUCAUUUUGAGACUGAAGAAGCUGCAAAUAAAUCAAUUGAGAAAGUAAAUGGAAUGUUGUUGAAUGGUAAGAAAGUUUAUGUUGGCAGAUUCAUUCCUCGUAAGGAACGCGAAAAGGAACUUGGUGAGAAAGCAAAACUAUUCACUAAUGUUUAUGUGAAAAAUUUUGGAGAAGACUUCUCUGAUGAAAUGCUCAAAGAUAUGUUUGAGAAAUAUGGCCGAAUAACAAGCCACAAAGUCAUGUAUAAAGAAGAUGGCGCAUCCAGAGGUUUUGGAUUUGUUGCAUUUGAAGAUCCUGAUGCUGCAGAAAGAGCAUGCUCAGAAUUAAAUGGCAAAGAAUUUGUUGAGGGCAAGCCAUUGUAUGUUGGCCGUGCUCAAAAGAAAGCUGAACGUCAGAAAGAACUUAAACGUAAAUUUGAACAGUUGAAAUCUGAACGUUUGACUCGUUAUCAGGGUGUUAAUUUGUACGUGAAGAAUCUAGAUGAUACUAUUGAUGAUGAAAGACUCCGUAAAGAAUUUGCUCCUUUUGGUACAAUUACUUCAGCUAAGGUGAUGCUAGAAGAGGGUCGUAGCAAAGGUUUUGGUUUCGUUUGUUUUUCCUCACCAGAAGAAGCCACUAAAGCUGUUACAGAGAUGAACGGGCGAAUUGUUGGGACGAAACCACUUUAUGUGGCUUUAGCUCAACGGAAAGAGGAUCGCAAAGCUCAUCUGACUUCUCAAUAUAUGCAACGUAUGGCUAGUAUGAGGAUGCAACAAAUGGGUCAAAUAUUCCAACCAGGCGGUGCAGGUGGUUACUUUGUCCCUACCAUCCCACCAGCACAACGUUUCUAUGGGCCUGCACAAAUGACACAGAUCAGACCAUCUCCACGCUGGACAGCUCAGCCUCCAGUCAGACCAAGCACUCAAACAGCGGCCUCGGGUUAUCCAAAUAUGCAAGCUCCAUUCCGUCCAGCUCCAAGAGGCCCCACUCAGGCUGCUUUACGAACAUCACUUGGGGCUAGACCUAUAACAGGACAACAAGGAGUAGCAACAGCAGCAUCUAUAAGGGCACCUUUGGUUACCCAGAGUGGCCGUCCUGCUGGAUAUAAAUAUACUGCUAACAUGCGUAAUCCUCCAGCUCCACAACCGGCUGUUCACAUUCAAGGUCAAGAACCUCUUACAGCCACCAUGUUAGCUGCUGCACCAUUGCAAGAGCAAAAACAAAUGCUCGGUGAACGUUUGUUCCCCUUGAUUCAAAGGAUGCAUCCCGAUUUAGCUGGAAAAAUAACAGGAAUGCUCUUAGAGAUUGACAAUUCUGAACUUCUACAUAUGUUGGAACAUGGAGAAUCACUCAAAGCUAAGGUAGAUGAAGCUGUUGCUGUCUUGCAAGCUCACCAAGCUAAACAGCAAGCUACUAAAAAGGAGUAAAACUUUGCCUAAAGCUGGUAAAAUGGAUAUUUUAACCAGCACUAUUGCUUUGCAAGAACCAUUGGUAGUGCUGUGUUCUUGUCAAUUUUAUUGCUUUUUAAUUAAUAUUAUAUAUAUAAAAAAAAUCACAGUAAACAGUCCCGAUGUAAAAAAAACACACAAUAAAAAUUGAAAAAAGAAAAAGUGGAUUGCAACUUACCAGAACAAUAUGUAACGUAAUUAUAUUUGGAAGUGCAGUUCCACAAACAAAAAUAUUUGCAACUAUCAACAUUUCUAUGUUUGAGAAGAGUAAGUAAUAAAGGACUUUUUACAUUGACGAGAAGAGAAAGUUUGGUUAAGUUAUAUUAUCAUUAUUUUUCUUGUACCUUAUCUAAAAUGGGUUUGGCUUAUGUUCUCGCGAGUAUCUAUCUUUAUUUUCUCAUUGGUUUACAUUGAACCUACCAAAUAUUGUAAAUUUGGUCAUCAAUGUAGCUGAUUUUUCUUUGUAAUUUGUUAUAUUAUAUUCUUUGGAAUAUUCAC